AUGUAUCUUGUAGAACCUUACCAAGCACGGAAUUGGGACGAUUAUGUCAAUUACUUCGACAGCACAGCAAAGAAAAUACAACAUUUGCUGACUGGUACGACAUUGGCGGAGAAAAAGCGUAGUAGAGAAAUCAUCACGGGAGAGGCGUCGACCUCGAAUUUAUGGGACAAUCGAUGGUGGUGGAACUAUGCAGUGAACCAGUAUGAUUCUGAACCUCCGGCUCUGACAAACGCCAAUUAUAUACACCGUUUAAUGCCCAAUCUGAAAAUGAUUAUCAUACUCCGGAACCCUGUGUCAAGGCUAAUGUGACUAGCUCGGUACCCCUAAGCAAUGGGUUCUAUGUGGUAUUCAUCAAAGAGUAUAUGAAGUUUUUCCAUCGAAACCAG